AUGCGGUCCUCGCUUGUCUUGGUCCUUUGGCAAUUAUUGUAAUGUGCUACUGUCAACUUUGCAUUUUCAGUUUUAAUCAAGAGAAACUUUUGUUUCUUUUUAAAUGUAUUAAAAACGAUUGGCAUUUGUGGGCGUCAACACAUGAGGGAAAAAUUCUCUGUUAUCAUUCAGAAAUUGGUAGAAAUUACACUAUUUUAUAUAUUGGCUACAUUUUUAGUGCACUUGUGGUUUUUAUUGGAACAACUUUUGUGCCGUGUUUUCUUGAUUUAAUUAUUCCUUUAAAUGAAACACGUUUAUUGAAACCGGUGUAUCCGGCGAAAUUUUUUUUCGAUGAAAAUAAAUAUUUUAAUUUUAUAUUAAUUCAUGGUUGUGUGUCGGCAACUUAUCAUUUGUCAGCUGCAUUUUGUUUUGAUUCAACUUUUGCCGUGACUACUCAACAUGCUUGUGGAUUAUUUGCAAUUGUCAGCUAUCGUGUGAAGAACGUUUCUCAUCGUGUUUGCCUUGGCUACAAUCGAAAUAAUAUGGAGAAAGAGUAUUUUUAUAAAGACUUAUGUUAUUCUAUUAAUUAUCAUAAUUAUGCAAUUCGAUAAAUUAGAAAUAUAUUGCGUAAUAAUAUAUUUUUUUGAAU